AUGUCUCACCCAUCCUGGCUGCCCCCCAAGAGUACCAACGAGCCUGUUGGCCACGUUGCUGCAAGGAUGGAGACCACGCACACCUUUGGCACUCCCAGCAUCUCCGUGUCCACCCAGCAGACCCCAAAGAAGUUUGCACCUGUGGUCGCCCCCAAACCAAAGUACAACCCAUACAAGCAACCAGGAGGUGAUGGGGACUUCCUUCCUCCCCCUCCCCCUCCGGUGGAUGACCUUGGGAACAUCACAUCACCACAAGGUGCCUUUCCCCCCCCACCCCCUCUGGAUGAUGUUUCUUACAAUGUACAGCAAGUGAAUCCUGGUGGCAAGACCCUUGAGGAGAGGCGGUGCAGUUUAGAUGCAGAAAUUGAUUCUCUGACCAGCAUCCUGGCCGACCUGGAGAGCAGCUCUCCGUACAAACCUCGGACUCAACAGGGCUCUGGGACCUCAAGCAGCUCUGCUGCCACCACCCCGUCCAUGUCCACUCCUGUCACUGGCCACAAGCGGAUGAUCAUCCCCAACCAGCCUCCCCUCACCGCCACCAAGAAGUCCACUGCCAAGGGCCCGGGGCAGCCAGCGCCCAUCCCGGUCACUCCCGUUGGCACCCUGAAGCCGCAGCCAGUGCCGGCCUCCUACGCCACGGCCUCCACGCCGAGCCGCCCGGCCUUCAACGUGCAGGUGAGGACGGCGCAGCCCAGCCCUCACUACCAGCCGCCCUGCCCGCAGCCCGGCCACUACGGCAGCCUGGGGCCCGGCCAGGCCUACGCCACCGUGCCGUCCCGCCAGCCCGCUGCCCCUCAGUACGGAGCGCCGCAGCCCCAGGGGCCCGGCUACGGCUAUGGCCCUCCGCCCAGCCGGCCUGCUGAGCCUGCCUACGGGUACGCGCCCCCACAGGGCCGCUACCAGGAGCCCUACUACGGGGGCUACGGCGGCAGGAACGGCUCCGAGGCGCCCUACGUGCCGCAGAGCUCCUGGAAGGCCGAGCCGGCGUAUCCUGCGAGUAAUGCCAUGGGCCAGGCUCCCCCUGCGCUCUACCAGCCACCGGGCACGAAGAAGACCUACAUCACUGACCCAGUGCUGGCCCCGCAGCCGCCCGCCCUGCAGCAGAAGAGUGGGUAUCCAAGCUCUGGACCUACAUCAAGCACUCCUGCCUUCAGGCCUGAGGAUGAGCUGGAACAUCUGACCAAGAAAAUGCUGUAUGACAUGGAGAAUCCUCCGUCUGAUGAGUACUUUGGACGCUGUGCCCGCUGCGGGGAGAAUGUUGUCGGAGAGGGCACCGGUUGCACGGCCAUGGACCAAGUCUUCCACGUGGAUUGUUUCACCUGCAUAAAGUGCAGCAGCAAGCUGAGGGGACAGCCUUUCUACGCCGUGGAGAAGAAAGCCUACUGUGAACCCUGCUACAUUAAUACACUGGAGCAGUGCAGUGUCUGUGCAAAGCCCAUCAUGGAAAGGAUCCUCCGAGCCACUGGGAAGGCCUACCACCCCCACUGCUUCACCUGUGUGAUGUGCCACCGCAGCCUGGAUGGCAUCCCCUUCACUGUGGAUGCUGGUGGCAACAUCCACUGCAUUGAGGAUUUCCAUAAGAAAUUUGCCCCGAGGUGUUCUGUGUGUAAAGAGCCCAUCAUGCCAGCCCCGGGACAAGAGGAGACCGUGCGCAUUGUUGCCCUGGAUCGUGACUUCCAUGUGCAGUGCUACCGGUGCGAGGACUGUGGUGGCCUCCUGUCUGAAGGGGACAAUCAGGGCUGUUACCCUCUGGAUGGGCACAUCCUCUGCAAGACCUGCAACUCUGCUCGGAUCCAGGCUCUGACUGCCAAGGCCAGCACUGAUCUCUGA